AUGGUCGAUGGGUUUGAAAUUGGAGGUGCUCAUAAUGAAGCCAAUCCUAUUGCUUUGGCCGAUGAUAGAGCCCGAGCAAUAAGAGAGUAUGCAGCCCCUAUGUUCAAUGAGCUAAAUCCGGGUAUUGUGAGACCCGAAAUCCAAGCACCUCACUUUGAGCUCAAGCCCGUCAUGUUUCAAAUGCUCCAAACGGUUGGUCAAUUUGGUGGGUCGCCAACGGAAGAUCCUCACCUCCAUAUUCGCUCAUUUUUAGAGGUGAGUGAUUCUUUCAAGCUACAAGGAGUAAGUGAAGAGGCUUUAAGAUUGAAGUUGUUCCCAUUUUCCUUGAGGGAUCGGGCUAGAGCAUGGCUUAAUACUCUUCCUCCCGAUUCGGUGACUAAUUGGAAUGACUUGGCUGAAAAAUUCUUGAGAAAGUACUUUCCUCCAACAAGAAAUGCAAAGUUUCGAAGCGAGAUCAUGUCCUUUCAACAAUUGGAAGAUGAGACUACUAGUGAUGCAUGGGAAAGAUUCAAGGAGUUGUUGAGGAAGUGCCCACACCAUGGUAUUCCCCAUUGUAUCCAACUUGAGACUUUUUACAAUGGUCUCAAUGCGGCUUCUAGGAUGGUGUUGGACGCUUCCGCUAAUGGAGCCAUUCUUUCCAAGUCUUACAAUGAAGCUUUUGAGAUUUUGGAAAGGAUAGCUAGCAACAACUAUCAAUGGUCAACUAAUAGAGCUCCUACAAGCCGAAAAGUAGCGGGUGUUCUUGAAGUAGAUGCUUUGACCGCUCUAACCGCUCAAAUGGCCUCAAUGACCAACAUUUUGAAGAAUAUGAAUAUGGGAGGAAGUGUACAACCAGCCGCUGCCAUUCAAAGGGCAGAAAUCUCUUGUGUGUAUUGUGGUGAUGGGCAUACUUUUGAAAAUUGCCCCUCAAAUCCAGCUUCGGUGUGUUAUGUGGGUAAUCAAAACUUCAACCGCAACAACGAUCCAUACUCAAAUUCCUACAAUUCGGCAUGGAAGCGUCAUCCAAACUUUUCAUGGGGAGGUCAAGGGGCAAGUUCAAGUGGAGCACAAGCACAAGGAAAGCAAUCAUUCCCACCGGGUUUCUCUCAACAACCAAGACCUCAACAACCUCACCAACCUCAAGGCUCUCAAACUAGUUCUUUGGAGAGCUUAAUGAGAGAUUAUAUGGCCAAGAAUGACGCUGUAAUUCAAAGCCAAGCAGCAUCUCUUCGGAAUCUUGAAGUUCAAUUGGGGCAAUUGGCCAAUGAUUUGAAGAAUAGACCACAAGGCACUUUGCCUAGUGACACCGAAAACCCAAGAAGAGAUUGCAAAGAACAUUGCAAAGCGGUAACCUUGAGAAGUGGAAAAAUAAUUGAGUCAAAUGUGGCUGCAGCAGAAAAGAAAGAGCCCUCUUCAAUCCAAAAAGAGGGGGAAAUGCGAAAAAACCAAGCAACUUCAACCGAAAUUCCCCAGUAG